CUGCCUAUAGCCUACAUUUUCGAAGUCAGUGUGAGUAGGCUACUUAGGCUUGAAAUUGAUGGUUUUAUGUCACUUUGAAAGGUUCAAGUCACCAGUAACUUAAGCUUCUCGAUAGUUUGUCUCGGCAGUAAUCAAGUUGGCACUAAUGGCCUGCUGGGUCGUGUCAGUUCACUUUAAUGAACGUCUGUUGUACUUUGCCUUUUCUCAAACCACUCUUCUAGGAGUCUCCUGUUGUAAUGGUGGUGGAUUUUGAAAACACCUGGAUGACGUUUCCAAACCAAGAGCCUGCCUUUCUCUCCUGCAGUCAACACUCAAGUGCAGUCAUACCUUAAAAUACCAGCUCUUUCAUCCUGCAUAUUGUCUUGCCUUUCCCUGCUGAACCAGCGAAAUCCUCAAACAUUGUCUACCAGCUCGGCCCUUGCACAGGUGCUUCCAUUUGCUGUGAAAGCUUCUUCCACAGCGACGCCACCGUUUUUCUCACUCCCGAAAACCUCAAUUUCCAGAUGAUGCGGACGGACAGCAAAGGCCGCAGUGCCUCACCUCACAGGAUAACCUAUAAGUCUGACUUUCACGCCAUCAAAUGUUCUUUCGACACUGGGACCAGUCUAACACCGGGGUCAAAAGCUGCUGACAGGCUGCCAUCCAGCCUUUUAAAUCCCAUCAUGCCCCACACCAGCAACAUCAGCAGAGGAAGGGUCUCCAGCACUAGGGGGCCCAAGAUCCGAGACAACAUCUUCCUGCAAAUGGACAGCCAACAGCUGAAACAAGAUGGCAGUUCACUUCUUAGUUCUGGCUCCACUCCUCUCCUUUCUCCCCAUAAUCCUAUUCUACAGCUGCAGAUUUCCCCUUUCUCUGGAUCCAGACAAGCACUCGGCAGCUCCUCAACUCUGGAAGAUAAACCUUCCAGAUCAGAGGAGAUCACAGAUAUCGAAAGAGCUGCACUUUCUCAGAAGUUCUCUGUAACCCGGAGGUUGUUUGAGACUAAAGUUAUGGAAGUUGGAGGUGUUGGAGGGCAGGUUAUGAAAGGAGUUGCCAGCAGAGGAAGUAAGGGGAUGGAAGACCAGAAAGGAGAACAGGUGGACGGGGGAGGAGGAGGCAGCCAGGAGGAAAAAGAGGGAGAGGCAAGUGGGAAAAGGACGCACAUAGAAGAGGUUUGCUUUGAUAAAGAGGUAUCAAUUAACCUACCCAUCAUAAAUAUGUCCACGGCAAAGCCACUUGCAGCGGCCUUGACGACAAACCACCCUAAAUCUCCUGUAUUGAACAGCCCUGGUGAAGCAUCCAACAAAUCUUCCUCUUCCAAUCCUGUGAAAAAUGAUGAAAUUUCAGAUUCAAAAGUAGAGGAAGAAAAGGCAAAAAAUGCCCUUUGCUUAACAGCUGAGCAGCCAGUGAGGGCAGAGUUAAUUGACAUAAAGAAUGAGUCCUCGGAGAGUGAUGAGAACGAAGAAGAAAAGGCCAAAUGCUGGCUUAAGGAUGAGGGGGGAAAGAAUACAAACAGAGUUGUAGGAGAAAGUGUGACAGAGCUCGAUGAUGAUGUUUUUGAGGAGCCAAACAUUGAAAUAACACUAGGUGGACCUUAUGCACUGCAAAACCGAAUUGAGUCAAGAGCAGGCGAAGAACCGAAAGAGUUACUAGCCAGCAAGUUGUGUAAAAGAGAGAAUAAGUUUGACGGGGAAGGUGGAAGAGACAAGUGUCGGCAGGUGAAUGAACAAUGGGAGGGGCACAGCAGACAGUUUAUUGCAUGGCCUGAGAAGUCAACAGAAGAGGGAGAAAGCAGUGAGAAAAUGACAGAGGCAGGAGUGGAGGACAGGAAAGAGGGAGGCAUGAUGCAUGGGGAGGACAAGGAGGUUGAGUGGUACACUGUGGGAAAGGGGAAAGGUGAAAGCAGAGAAGGUGAGGAAUGCGAGGAGAGUCAGACCAGAGAAGACGAGGAAAGUGAGAGUGGGGACGUUUCAACAUCUGAGCUGGAGGAGGUCAAGCAAGAGGAGUGCAUAGAAGGCCGUGAAGGAGAUGAAGGAGGCAAAGAGGACCAGACAGAAUCUGCUGCUGUCUUUGGGAUUGAGAACAAGGCUUUUGUGCCUGAGCAAUCACCGAAAAAGGAAGUGGAAAACUCUAUUCCUGCAGGAAGUCUGUUUUUAUAUGACUUCAUGGAAAUUCCUGGUGUACCUGAACUGUCUGAUGAGGAUGCAGAGGAAGUUUCAAACAAAAAGGUGAAGUUCUCAUCAGCACCGAUCAAGGUGUACAACACUUAUUCUAACACAGAGUACGACAGACACAAUGAGGAUAUUGACCCAGUGUCUGCCUCUGCUGAGUUUGAGCUGGAGAAGAGAGUGGACAGGAUGAACGUCUUUCCAGUGGAGAUAGAAAAAGGUGAUGAUGGUCUGGGAAUCAGUAUCAUAGGAAUGGGUGUAGGUGCAGACCAGGGACUGGAAAAACUAGGCAUCUUUGUCAAGACAGUCACUGAGGGUGGAGCAACACAGAAAGAUGGAAGGAUUCGGGUGAAUGAUCAGAUAGUGGAGGUGGACGGAUUGAGUUUGGUUGGAGUCUCCCAGCUGUUUGCUGCUACAGUCCUUAAGAACACAUCAGGCCUCGUCAAGUUUCUGAUUGGCCGAGAAAAGGAGGGGGUGGAGAGCGAGGUGGCGCGACUGAUCAAUGAAAGCCUUGAAAUGGAUAGAACAUCCAGACAGAGUGGAGAUGAGGAUAACCUGGGGAGCAUGUCAGAGAGGGAGUCAUUGGCUGAAGAAGAAGAGGAAGAUGAUGAAGAGGAAGAUGUGUCUUUUCUUUCCUGUCUGGACAACGAGCAGCUCUGCUUCAAAUACCAGCAGCUUCAGUCUAAACUACAAAGAAGAGCAGCAGAACUUCACAAUGCAACUGCAAAGUUAAAGGUAUGGGAGGAGCGGCAGGCCUGUUGGGAGAGCCAGAAGGAUGAGUUGGAGCAAAGAGCAGAAGAUGGAGAGGAGAAAGCUGACAAACUAGAAAAAUAUUGGCAAGAGGCCCAGACACUGUGCAGGGUUGUGAGCCAGAGACUGGCUGAUGCUCAGAGCCAAUCAGAGAGCCUGGAGAUCAAAUACAACAAGGCCAAGAGGCUGGUGCGAGAAUACCAGAGCAGAGAAGAAGAGAGGGAGCGAAGAGAAGCCGAUUUAAGGAGAGAAAUGGAGGAGAGAGAUAAGCAGCACAGAGAGACGGUUGAAAGACUGCAAAUCCAGAUAGCACAGCUGGAGAGAAAGGAGCCUGCACCUGAGAGACAGAACCACUCUGUGGACUCUUCAUCUACAGGUCCGGACUGGCAUAUCCCUCUCCCUGAUACUGGACGUCUUGACUCCAGCGCCCAUAUAGCCAGAGCUCAGCUGGCCCAGAAAUCGAAGCGUCACCCGCCAUCCAGAGACAAACUCAGAGAAAGCUUUAGAAAACAGGAAGAAGAACUUCAGAAACAGGAGAGCGUUUCACUGUCGGCAUCCUCAGCGGUACAAAGGAUCAGCAGGAGUGACUUCUCCAGCUCCUCGUCUUUCCCAGCCCUCAGUCCUCAACCUCCCACCAGCUCCAUCUUUACGCCUCCUAUCUACAUCAAUGACAAUGUCACUCCCUCACCCUGCAAAUCCUCUGCCACCAGAAAGUCUAAAAGGAAAUUUCCUGGCAUCAGUGGCCUUCGCAAGUCUCUGACCAAGAGGAGAAGUGAGAAACAUCGUAAAAGGUCCACCAACAGAGCGUCAUGUGGUGACCUGGUGGACGAGCCUGUUGGAAGUUCUCCUUCAGGCUCGGUCACCUCUAUGCCUUCCUGUCUGCCUUUCCCGUGGUUUGGAGAGCGAGGGAGGGAGAAGGAAGUAGAGGCGGAGCGAGGCAGGGAGAGACUCCGCUCUGUGUCCAGCAGCAGCCUGCCCUACCUAACCACCACAUGUAGAAGAGAUCAGAGUGUAGGUUCUCCGGUUCGUAGCUCAAGCAUGGAGGGUCAUGUUUCUGAUCACUCUCUUUCUGGACACUCUUACACUUUUACCUUUUCCUCUUCUGAGACAUUGGAUGAUGAACCACUUCCUACCAACAACAACAACAACCAGUGGCAGAGUCGACCUGUGAUGGAGUGGAACAACCAGCAGGUGUGUCUGUGGUUAAUCGCCAUGAACAUGGACCAAUACACAUCAGCGUUUGCUGCCAGAGGAGUUGACGGGACACAGCUGCUUAACUUGGACAGUGAGAAACUCAAGGCUCUGGGUGUGUGCAGUCACAGUGACCGGUCUACCCUCAAGAAGAAGCUGAAGGAGAUAAAGAAGAGUGAGGAAAAGGAACAGAGGAAAGGAGAGAAGAGGCAGAAGGAGGGAUAUGAGAAGAAAAACAGCGUUUUGGAUAAGGAAAAUGAAGAGAAGGCCAGGAUGAUUUUGGAAGAGCGGUCGGUAAAAGAUGUCAGAUGUAGUGGAAAAACUGUAAGAACCGAGUCACUUCUGUAAAUGCCAUGCCUGAGAAGCUCCACCAGCAUGAGGACCACACUUGAACCAAUUUCUGUUUAGUUGAUAGAACCAGUUACAUAUUGCACACAUCCUCUACUGUUCACAUGUUGAAAUGAAUCAUUUAGGAUAUCAAACAUUUAUUGGUUUUAGCUGGUAAAAAUAUCUAUAGAGCGGAGGUUGACUUGAACACCAAGAUUCACCAUUUGUCAGAUGUGAAAUGACAUUUUGCUACACUUUUAGUUUUUUUUAAAUCAUGAACUUUAAAUUCUAAUUACAAUAAUUGUAAUAUAUAAUAAUGUGCUGAUUUAUGCACAACUGUAUUUGCUGUAAAUGCUUUUUUAAUGUAUGAAUAAAUAAUGCUUCAAAUGUC